AUGUGGGUGAUCAAUGGAAGCAAUAGCUCUCUGAUCACAGUGUUACUAAUUGAGUGUCAAGAUGUGGGUUAUUGCAACUUCGAGCACGGCACCUGCACUUGGCUGAACACCCAAAGGAAUGAUGACUUCGACUGGGUCAUCCACCAUGGCAGCACGUCCACCGGCCAUACUGGACCUCAGAGUGACCACACAACCGGAAAAGCCUCAGGUCACUACAUGUACAUUGGAGUCAAGUGCCCACAGACAAAGGGGGACAGAGCCCGAUAUGUCAGCGAAUCCUUCAAAAUGAGUUCCCAGAGGAAAUGUUUCCAGUUUUGGUACAGCAUGAAGGGCAGUGACAUCGGCACCCUCCGCGUCUACGUCGUCACGGGGCUGACGCAGACAGUGGCAUGGCAGCUAAGCGGGCCACAACAGUCAACGUGGAUGCUCGCUAGAGUGCCUGUCUACUCCCCCAAAAAGAAUUUUAAAUUCAUAAUUGAAGGCAUCGUUGGAAAUGGAGUCAACGGUGAUAUUGCAAUCGAUGAUAUGGCAGUCAAUACAAUGAAUUGUGGAGUGUCGCCAUCAAAUGCUAGGCCUCCAUCAGCAACAACGACAGCCGCCACCACGUUAAAGCCGACGUCAACAACUCCGAGGAAGUCCACUGCCCAUGUUCCACCAUGUAGGGGGUUCUAUCUCUACACUGAGGUCAAUGGACAGUCGGUCAACAAGACAGCCAGACUUCAGAGCAAGUCCAUCACCUCUCGCACGAUGACCAAGUGUUUCUCUUUCUGGUACCACAUGCACGGCGACCACAUCGGCACCCUCAACCUCUACAUCAUGUCCACGCCAACCAUCGGCAGCCCAGUCUGGACCAAGACAGGAGCCCAGGGCUUGAACUGGAAACAAGGCGCUAUCACCGUGACCAAAAGGAACACACCAUAUAAAAUUCUGAUUGAGGCUGUGACCGCUAACGGAAAUAGGGGAGACAUUGCCAUAGAUGACGUAAAGUUGGCAAACGGGACAUGCACAGGAACAACUGGACCGCCUGUCCACACCACUGUCCACCCAGGCCAGGUCGUCAGGAAAUGUGACUUUGAAGCUAAAGCAAUCUGUGGCUACACUCAGGACAAGACGGACAAAUUUGACUGGACAUGGACGUCACAUACGACAUCCAGCUACGGCACAGGACCCAGCAACGACCACACCUACGGAACAACAAGCGGUCACUAUCUGUACACCGAGGCAACUAACCGAGCAAAUGGAGACAUAGCACGCAUCUUGUCGCCGACCUAUCAUGACAGCCAGGCAAUGUGUGUCAAUUUCUACUACCACAUGUACGGAUCUAUGAUGGGAACUUUCAACGUCUACGCUCAGGUUGGAAACAACACAGGUCGGCCAUUAUUUUCACGUCGUGGUAACCAGGGCAACAAAUGGACAGUUGGUCAGGCAACUGUCCCAGCAUCCACUGCAACUUCCGGAUAUCGGAUGGUGUUUGAAGGAUCCCGAGGCUCAGGCUACAAAUCAGACAUAGCACUGGACGAUGUCAGUUUCAAAGUGGGUUCAUGUUCAAAUCCUGGUGACUGCACGUUCGAAUCCGGUCUGUGCACUUGGAAGAACACUGCCAAAGGAGAUCAGUUUGACUGGACAAUGGACUCCGCCGGGACCUCCACUACCUCUACUGGACCUUCCACUGACCACACGCUCGGUACACGACAAGGCAAGUACCUGUACAUAGAAACCUCGGCCCCAAGACUGACCGGAGACAAGGCGUGGCUGGUCAGUGAGAGCUUCCCCCGUGUCACGUCCAGCGGCAGGUGCGUCAGCUUCUGGUACAGCAUGUACGGGGCCACCGUCGAUUCUCUCAACAUCUACAUCAGGGUACCCGGGCGAACUGACUACAUGAUCUGGCAUCAGUCCGGUAACCAAGGCAACGGCUGGUUCAAUGGCCAGGCACCAAUCACCGAAAAGAGAAAGAGUUACAGCAUCGUGUUUGAAGGCGUCCGGGGCAGGAGUUACUCUGGAGACAUCGCGAUUGACGACAUCACCUUCACGACGUCAAAUUGUGGAAUACUUCCGCCAAAUGCCACUGCCGCUCCCCAGACAACGGCUCAAGUGACGACACAGGCGGUGGGAAAGGGAGCUUUUGACUGCGACUUCCAGAACGACUUCUGUGGCUGGGUCCAGAGUAGUAAAGCGGACCAAUUUGACUGGACGAGGCACCGGGGUAGCACAGGCUCUGCAGGAACUGGCCCCACAUCUGAUCAUUCCUUAGGCAACUCCAACGGCUACUACAUCUACAUUGAGACGUCAGGCUCAAUGAAAACCGGAGACAAGGCUCAGCUGUUCAGUCCCCGGGUUCAGGCAGGCCAGAGCUGUAUCACCUUCUGGUACAACAUGUACGGCAGCAACGUCGGCGCCCUCAACGUCUACGUUCAAACAGGAGCAGCCAUUCCAUCCACUCCUACCUGGAAGAGGACUGGCACUCAUGGAACUCACUGGCGGAUGGGGCAGUUCUCAGUCAACGUCAAGACCCCUUUUAACAUGGUGCUUGAAGGCGUGAGAGGCAACGGCUAUCGUGGAGACAUCGCCAUAGAUGACGUUAACAUCGCCAACGGCUCUUGUUCAGCAGGAACAACUGUGGGCCCCUCGUCAAAACCAGCCGCUGACAAAUGCAACUUUGAAGCCAGUAACCUAUGUGGGUUUUCACAAGAUCAUUCUGACAAGUUUGACUGGUCUCGGACCACGGGGUCAACUUCUUCACGUGGCACUGGACCAUCGAGUGACCACACCUAUGGGACAAGAUUAGGUCACUACAUGUACAUUGAGACUUCCUCACCUCGACGACCCAAUGAUGUUGCUCGACUGAACUCCUUCAUAUUAACUGGACCCACCUCACCAACAUGCUUCACCUUCUGGUACCACAUGUAUGGAAGCUCGAUUGGUAGUCUGAAUGUCUAUGUCAUGAGGAAUGGUGCCAGGGGUUCUCCUGUAUGGCAUAUGUCAGGUAAGACGUGA